AUGGCUUCGUUCGCGCGCCCAUCAUUGUUCCGGUCCAUUGCGACCCGGUCGCCCCUGCGCCAGAAUAUUGGCGUGUCCCAGGCCGUGGCUUUCCACGCCUCCGCCCGGAAGCAGAUCCUGCCCCCAUUGCCUCAGACCAUCGAGGGUACCAUGAACGACCCCGUUCCCGUCCCCGAGACCAAGCCCUCCCAGGGUAGCUACCACUGGACCUUCGAGCGUGCUGUCUGCGUUGGUCUGAUCCCUCUCAGCGUUGCUCCUUUCGCCGCUGGCUCUCUUAACCCCGUUAUGGAUGCCGUUCUCUGCACCCUCCUGGUUGCCCACUCUCACAUCGGUUUUGAGGCCGCCAUUGUCGACUACUUCCGUCCCCAGCGUGUGCCCAAGCUCUACGCUUUCUGCCAGUGGCUUCUGCGCGCUUUCACCCUCACCACUGCCGUCGGCCUGUACGAGUUCGAGACCAACGACGUCGGUGUCACCGAGGCUCUGCGCCGCAUCUGGAACGCAUAG